GUCAUAGUCCUGCAGUCCGGAGGCUAUCGGACCCUCCCACCACUUGUGUCUCAGUGUCCUGAGUGCUCAUGCUGGCAGCUGUUAUUCUAUUCAUGUGAGCUCGUAGCGAUGGUUUCGUUCAUCUUGCAGCGUUCACCGACGGACAUGGAGGCAAAGAUGCUAUAUGAGGAAGCUUGCACCGGUUGCCGACGCUGCCGUCCACCUGUCGUGUUCGAACCACCUGCCUGGCGAUGGUGGCAUAUCCUAACUGGUCCACCUCGUAUUCAACAACCAGAAGUGAAGGAAGACUACUCCGAUAUUGUGAACGAAAACUGCGGACGUGUACGAGAAGUCGAUUUGAAAGGCACUGAUCUAAUCAUCGAGAACAACCAACAAAAGGAUAAUGCUUGCUUGCGAGUGCGAAUGGGAGGCCAAGAAGCUGGACGAAGUGGAGUGAUCGCAGACGGCUGGAGAAGGUGCUCGAACAAUGUGGUGGGAACAAGCAACAAAGACGAAUUCUAUUCGACUGAUCUUCUGGCUAAGGCGAUUACACUCACCUUCGUCAAAUUGCCAGUGAGUUGA